GGGGGCGUGACAGGGCGCCGCCGCCGCCGCUGCCUCUGGCGGAGGUUCGCAAGAUGGCGGCACUGGCGGAGCGGGGCUACGCGCUGUCGUGCGGGCGGCUCGGCCGCGGCACCCGCGUCUCCGUCUUCCACGUCAAGCUCACCGACUCGGCCCUGCGCGCCUUCGAGGCCUACCAGGGGCGCAAGGACUUAGUGGCGCUGAAGCCGUCAAUUCAAUUUCAAGGAAGCCAAGGGUGCAUCUCCAUACCCCGGCCGGACGGUGCGACGGGGGUCCGGACGUUCUCGUUUUAUCUCUCCAACAUCGGCAAGGACAGUCCUCAGGGAAGCUUUGAUUGUAUCCAGCAGUAUGUUUCCAGCAAUGGGAGCAUUCAGCUGGACUGUCUCGGGAGCAUCCAGGACAAAAUCACCGUUUGUGCCACUGACGAAUCCUACCAGAAGGCGAAGCAGAGCAUGGCUCUGGUGGAAGAGGAGACCAGGAGCAGAGGGGCCAUCGUCAUCAAGCCGGGGGGCCGCUAUGUUGGCAAGACGGUCAAAGUGCGCAAGCCUGCCCCGGGUGCUUCUGAUGCCGCUCCCUCGCGAGUACGUCCGACGCCAGUCAACCUCGCCAGCGCUAUCAGGAAGGGCAACAGUGCGGUCUCCCAGCGGCCUUUCAGAGACCGGGUGGUGCACUUACUGGCCCUCAAGCCUUAUAAGAAACCAGAACUGUUCUUGCGACUGCAGAAGGACGGCCUUUCCCCACAGGACAAGGAUUCCCUAGACGGCCUCUUGCAGCAGGUUGCAAAUACGAAUGCCAAAGAUAGCACAUGUACCCUAAAAGAUCAUCUUUACAAAGAGGUGCAGAAGGACUGGCCGGGCUACUCAGAAGGAGACCAGCAGCUGCUGAAGCGGAUCCUGUUCCGGAAACACUGCCAGCCGCUGAACGCCAGCUGCCCCCCGGAGACCCCAGCUCCGAGUUCACCAAAAGACAAUGCCAGCAACUCCUCCUCCUCGCCUCCCCAGAAACGACCCCAACUCGUGGAGUUCACUGACCCGCUGUCCACCAAAAAGCCCCGCAUCUCCCAUUUUGCCCAAAGGACUUUCAACGGCAAGCUCGGCUGCGCCAACGGCAAGGAGGUCCCUUUCCUGCCAGCUUCCGAGUCGGUCAGCUCCAGCUCUCUCCUGCCGGCCCUGGAACUGCCGAGGCCUCACGAUCCGCUCUCUGAUGUCAGCAACGACCUGAGCCACGGCAGCAAAGACUGUGAGGGGCUGGAUCCGGCUGGGAGGUUGGUGGCGACAGUGGCCGCUCCCCCCCUGCCAGCGACAGACUCUGCCCAGGAGAGCAAACGCCACUGUGGCGUGCACUCCAAGUCCAAGAAGAAGCUGAAGAAACACAAAGAGCGGGAAAGGAAAGGGGGGGACCAGCCAGCGGACGCCCGCCAGAAGCCAAACUGUGACAUCAAGAAGAGAAGCUUGAAGACAGGCCCCUCCUCGCAGGAUGUGGCAGGUUUAAAUGGGACAUGUAACAACUCCAGUGUUCCGACAUCAACAUCGGAAACGCCAGAUUAUUUGCUCAAAUACGGUGCCAUCUCCUCCCCAGAGCAACGCCAGAGCUAUAAGAACGACUUCAACGCCGAGUAUGGCGAAUACCGCGACCUCCACGCCCGCAUCGAGCGGGUCACGCGGCGGUUUGUGCAGUUGGAUUCUCAGCUGAAACAGCUUCUGCAGGGCUCCGAGGAGUACAAGACAAUUCACGAUCAGAUCUUGCAAGAAUACCGGAAAAUUAAAAAAACUAACCCAAACUACAGCCAAGAGAAAAAUCGCUGUGAAUACCUCCACAACAAACUGGCCCACAUCAAAAAACUAAUAGCUGAAUAUGACCAACAGCAGUUCCAGUCUUGGCACUGAAAUUGGAGCCUCAGAGCCUGCACCUACCCCACCAGUGGCAGAUGCAAACCUGUGAACAAUUUCCAAAGGAGAGGAAGAGGGAAGAGUUUCAGAGAUUUCUGUUGAGAGCCAGGUGCUAUGCUUUCAGGGGCCUGGUGGCGCGAGGAUGGAAUCCCAGCGAGAAGUCUUGUCACUUUCGCUGUACAAGCCCAAAGGGGGGUCCGGUGUGGUGUUAAUCCUCAGCAUUUUAUAAGCGCUUUUUCUGUCUCUCUCUGGAUAUUAAAGACAAUUAAAGAAAGGAAAGUUUGCUUAUUUUUCAGUGCCAGCAAAUGACACAUAUAUAUACACACACACACACAGUUGCCUAUUUUUCAUUCCCUGCCCCCAUGGGUUCAACUUAGAGUGGAAAUGGAGGGCUUCUGUGUAUAUCCCAAUUCAACCGGCAGGCAGAUUACCUGUGUCCCUGCGGUAGGGUUGGUGGAUCACUAGUCCCUCCCCACAUGCAAAGUUAGCCAUAUGCUGUGGGGAGCCUCAGCAUGGCUGAUCUCUCUUGGCCAAGCUUGUGUCCCAGUAGAGACACUUGUUUAGCUUUACCCAAGUUUUAUAUAUAUAUAUAUAUAUACACGCCUGCCAGUUUUUGUCAAUUGCCAAUUUGUAUAUUUUUAUUUUUAAAAGGUCCCUCUUCCAAAAUGAUGCCUUUGUCAAGACAAGUGUCCAGGAGCCUGGCUUCAGUGUUAGCCGCUUUGGUUGCCUCAUUCAUCAGCACCCUUAAUCUCUGUGAGAAACGGGGGUGUUAACGGUUGGGGGGGAUAUUAUUGUUCACUCUUGCUUUUGUCUGUGUGUGUGUGAACAUCCCAAAGAUGCACCACAGAAAAAUAGUUUUAAAAGGGAGGUCACUUUAAUUCUAAAGAGGGAGUUAACUUUAGCUCUGUUUUCAGGCAGGAGGGGGAAAAUGUGCCAAAAAAGCACACACUGCCUCACCUCCAAUUUUUGAGUGUGCAGUUAUUCCUGCCCACUCAAGAGUGGCCACUUUUUCAACCUCUUCUGAAAGCCAGGCUCCUUUCCUUGCUCUUUAAAACUCGUCUGCCUUUCAGGAAUCUGGGCCUGCUGUAAUCUGAAAUAACCUCUUGCAAAGCCCCUCCCUCCAAUCCAGGCAAUAUAGCUUUGGGGAAGGGGGGGGGGUCUUGUCCUUUUUUAAAAAAAAUUUGUGGCCAUUUCAAAACACUGGCUCUGGGAAAUGCCACAUCAGAGCUCCACAGCAUCAGCUACCAGGAACUUAAGAGUCGGAGAAAUCCAGAAGGGUCAUCCCAGGUGUUGGAGGAAAUAAGCGUUUCCCGACAGCACAAAAAAUGGGGAAGGUGAGAUCAGCUUGACCCAAGUCCAGGAGAUGUUUUCUCAAAAUACAAAAUUUGUUUUCCUUUUGUCCCUGGGAUGCAGACACAUCUUAGCUUCUGCUAGAAACUUUUAUGAUUGGUGUGGACCCUACCAGGAGCUGAGGCCUAAGCCUGCCUCAUGAGUGGCUGCAGUGACUGGAGAGGGCCAGCCUGGUUCGGUGACAGGGCAAGAUCCCAUCCACCCAAACACUUCUUGUCGGAGGAAUUCAGACUGGGCGCCUGCCUCUUGUGUCUGGUACCGUAGGAGUGCUGUUUAGGAUCUCUGCCCAUGCGGGAUGGUUUCAUCAGGACAUUGUGAAGGCACCCACUUCUAACUCACCGCGGAGACAACAGUUCAGCUUUUGGCCACAAAGUGCAUGUUCUCCUUCCUGUGACUCCCAUUUAUUCUGCAAGGAUAUUGGCAUCUUUUGACGGUGAUCCAAAAUUCAUGCUUUUACCUUAAGAUCGGGCAGUUACUACAGGGUAUCUGUCUGUAAUAUCGUCAACCUUGUAUGACUUGGGAAUCCACGUCAUGGUGAGGAUGGCACCAGAGAGGGGGGCCUGUUUUCUCCCCAUCAUUGAGUCAGUUCCCAAAACCUUCAAAUCUCUGACCAAGAUCAGCUAGGGGAAAAUAAGUCUUCAUUCCUCUAGUAACCAACAAAAUUGUGGGUGGAUCUGAGUUAAUGAUAUGAGGGUUUAUCUCAAAAACUGUAAUUGUGUGUGUCAGGCAACUGAAUAUUUUUUUGGAGGGAAAUUAUUAAAAAGAAACGAGUUUCUGUUCUUUAUAUAAUAAAACUUGUUCUAUAUAAUAUUUUUGCAAAUGAGAGUUGGAUACAAAGAUAUAUUGUGUAUAUUAC